AGAGCAGCCAGACAACGUAACGCCUCGAUUCUCGCCGAUCCAGCUAUCCACCGAUUCGCCGCGAUCGUCAGUGCUAUAUACAGUUCCCAACGGGGCAGAGCGAUAAAGAUAAAAGUGCAAAAACAAAGCGCACUUAGAUAAAGAUAUCGGAGUUCCCAUGCCGAGACACAGUGCAAGUGAAGUGAAACGAGAACGCAGUUUUGACUAGGAAACAGAGAACUACUGAGAUAUAGAAGCCGAGAGUCGGAGUCAGAAUCAGAAUCAGAAUGCAAAUGUGUCGAGCGUGAAAAUCGACUAGUUCCCGAACGAUAUACACUCGACUAAAGUGCCAGUCCAGCCAAGUGAAACCAAGUGCGCAAAGCAACCGAUCCGAAUGACUAUGACUUCAACGGUGCUCCAGCGGCCAAUUCAAGCCAAGUCAGAGAGACACCAUCAGUCGGGGGCCAACGCGAAGGCCUCCAAGUCAGCCAGCUCCACAAGAAGUCGCUCCACGAUGGCCUGGUCAAACGAGAAGCUCCGCUUCUCCUGCAUCGACAACAUUGGCCUCAAGCAGCUGUGGAAACUUAUUGCCCUGGAUACGAGUGCUCCCUCCAAGCAGCGCAGUGCCAUGAUGUUGGAUGUGGAGCAACAGCAACAGCAGCAGCAGCAAUCGAACAAUAACAACGAGCGGAUUCCAUAUGAGAACUGCGACAACUUGGCCGACUAUUUGAGUCUCCAAAGAGCGGCCCAGGCUCACAGGAACCACAUCCAAUCCCAGGCCCCGGCCCAGAUGUCCCUGCUCAAGUUCUUGGCCAUUAAUGCCCUAGAGUUGAGCGCCCCAGCUACGCCACAUCUCCUCCAGCACCAGCAGACUCAGACGCAGGCGAAGCCACAGGGCUGGAUGCAGCUUUCCGGUCACCCAGAGAGCAUUGUGCCCACGUCCACCGGAAUAGUCCGCAAACGCAUUUCCGGCUUCGAGGACAGCGAGGUGCAUGCCUACCGACUAAUCUGCCAGGAACCACAGACCGCUCAGAUAGUGCCCGCCUACUUUGGGAUGCAGGAGAUCCAGGCGCAGCACUACAUUGAACUGCAGGACCUGCUAGCUGGCUUCCGGGAUCCGUGUGUGAUGGACAUCAAGAUGGGCAGCCGCACCUUCCUUGAAUCUGAGGUCAGCAAUGCCACCCUGCGACCAGAUCUCUACCAAAAGAUGAUCGCUGUGGAUGCCGGAGCUCCCACGCCGGCGGAGCACGAGGCACGGGCAAUCACCAAGCUGCGGUACAUGACUUUCCGGGAGUCACUGUCCUCCUCGCACUCCAAGGGCUUCCGAAUUGAGGCACUGCGUCUGCGUGGACGACCGCCUGUCAAGGAUUUGAAGACCUGCCGGAGUAGCGAGCAGAUCGUCCAGACCAUCGAACAGUUCCUGGCCGCCCGGCGAUCUGUGCAGAAGGAGCUUCUGAAGCGACUGAAGCACAUGCGCCUAGUCAUCGAGCAGUCUUCAUUUUUCGCCCGCCACGAGAUCGUUGGCUCCAGCAUCUUCAUCGUCUACGAUGACGAGAGGGUUGGUGUCUGGCUGAUUGACUUUGCCAAGUGCCGGGAGCUGCCCCCGCAGGUGAGGGUGGACCAUCGCAGUGCCUGGACUCCGGGCAACCGGGAGGAGGGCCUGCUCCGCGGAAUGGACGAGCUCAUCCGCUCCUUCGAGGAGGUUUACGCCCGCUGUGGCUCCCAUCGCAGCUGCCUUAAAAUCUAAUAGAUAGAUUGAUAGCACCUGCAGCUGGAUCUGCACCGAAAGACUGAUCACCCAAGCUCCAUUUGUACAGAAAGAGAGAAAGAAGAGGAAAGGAUUCAUCGCAUCGCCCGGGCUGAGCUCCACCUUAUAUUACCUACUUGUUCCAUAUUGGAAAAACCUGGCUUCAGCUCGGGUACCCUUAGAAAGUGUAAGACUAGCUGGAGAAGAAUAUAACGAUUAGUAUUGAUCACCAAGCAGCAUUUGUUUGAUUGAAACAGGUUUAAAAUAAGUAUUUGUAAAAAUCAAAUCUAAAUCAAAACAAAAGAAAUAAAAUAUUUUAAGAAAGUUAAA